UUUCUCUCUCUCUCUCCCUGCUUCCUCAGAGUUGCCCCCUUUCUCAGCUUCCUCCCGUUCAAUUGAUCCUCGAUCUUAUCUCUUUUAGUUGCACCUGCUCUCUCCAUCAGCAACUCGAAGAAUCCCAAUAUCAUAUCAUAUUUGUCGAACUUUGUGUCUUCUUUUCUUCAACUUACUAAAUCUGAUCGUCACAACACACCUGCUUGUGACUAUACAUACAAAUACACACUCCCACAUCAUGACCGCACAGACAGCUCCCGUGAUUCCUCCUCGACCGUCCAGAUCCCCUAACCCUGCCAGAGACACACCCAAAAUCCCUCCGCGUCCUGCCAGUCGGCGUAACGAGAGGUCUACCUCUCCGCUACGCGACAGCUAUGCACCUUCGCCUCUAAACGAGUUGCCCAAUGACUCGAGCCCCAAACUUAGAGUCUCCCAUGAACAGCCUCAACGCCCUCCCAGCGUGGUAAUACCCUCUCUUGGAGAGGAGGGCCGAGAGUACGAGGAUCUGCAUAUUGGCAAUAUACCGGACCAGCAAGGCUCGGACCCCAGGGAGACGCGCACCGUCGCCAGUGACCUCAAACUGCACGCGCCGAGACCUUCUCUGCCGCAAUCUAGCGCCACUACGAAGAUCCAGGCUGUCACCCGUACCGAUUCAACGCAGGCCGCGGCUGCCGGCUUUGGCAAGCGAAGCUCUCCCACUCCUGCUGAACAGGAACGUUCCAGCCGCUCGUUGCACUCCAGGAAUACUAGCUCACGGACCGAGUCAUCCGCCACGUCUUCGGAACGUCGGAAAUCACUACAGCCGGAUGGCAUCCCGGAAAUAGGCCAGCGAGUCCCCAUGUAUCCCAACGCUGGUGAUGUGCAGGCGCCAUCCGUAAGUCCGUAUACCUCCGAGAAUGAUGCUUCUCGCCAUGGACGCCGUCAUCACCAUCGGUCUCGCAGUGGCCGUGAGCUCUCGCUUCCCCCGGGGAGCUACGGUCUCCACGGGCACGGUAUCAACUCCAAUGAUAAGUUCGAAAAGGCCUGGUAUGAGAAACAUCCCGAUGAAUACGCCAAGGAAGAGGGUCAAUACGGCCCGGGAGUCGGCACUCCCAGACCAGACUGGGCCUUGAGCAGAGACGACCUGAACAAGAUCGUUCGGAGUUCCGCUACUACUGGUUCCGGUCUUGGUACAUCGCCUGCUGUAACGGGCACACCGGAGGAAGAGAUUGGUUAUAUUGCGUCGGAGGAGUACGCCUCUCGUUUGGCAACACCGGCACUCGAAUCCCGUACGGUCGAUUCACCACUACGCAAUGUGAGCGUUCCCGCUUCCGAUGCGAAGUGCGAACAAGAGAGCGCUUCACACAAGGAGUCUGGGCGUGAUACUUCAGAGAAGACUGAUGUUAUUCACGUCGACGACCCAUACCAUCCGUUACAUCACCCGGAUGGAUUUGCUCCCACUCCAGCUAGUGAGGAUCUGCCGGGCAGUAGCGCAGAGGGCGAUCUAGCGGCGGAUGAACCCAUCCUGGCGCCCGACGAAGUGCGUCCGGAGUCUGCUUUCCUCCACCCUGCCAUCUCUCCGACGUUCGAUAGAAGGCCCAGUGCAGAUUACGAGGGUCGAAGUCGGACCUCGAGUGCGCCCCACAGUCGAUCCAGCAGCAGACCAACAAGUACGCACGGUGCCUUGCCUCGGACUACCUCACACGAAGGAUGUGAAACUACCUCCACGCCUCUUGAUGACGUCGAGGAGUAUGAGCCUCUUUUCCCGGAGGAUUCCAGGAAAGUUCUCUCUCCUGCGGAACGCUUCAAGCAACGCCCCGACGGUCUCAAACAGAAGUUCCCUAGCGAAGAUAUCUGGGAGGAUUCUCCGAACAGCUUUCACCUGCAGACUACUGUGAGCACGCCGGAGAUACAGGCUGAGUUGGCCGACGACAAACCCGAGUCCCCGUAUAAGGAGGUCACCUGGAAGGAACUGGCUGCGAGCCAAGCUGAGUCUCAUGGCACUCCGUCGGACCAUGACCAACCCCAGAAACCGACGCGUCCAGAUCAUAUCAAGCAGCGAUUCCCCAGUCGAGAUAUUUGGGAAGAUGCCCCUGAAAGCCAAACUCUUGUCACUACGAUUGUGCCGUCAGAAGAGGAAAUUAAAAGUCCGGAAGUGCCAUCCAAACCGAGUAUUCCACCCCGGCCUCAAAAGCGUCCGCAACAGCCUUCUUCCGUAGAAGCUGCUGGUAAACAGGCAACCUCUCCGACUGAAGAACGAAAACCACCUGUUGUACCGGGCAGGCCAAAGCCAUUAAUUCCCGCUAGACCGUCAAACCCAGUGUCACGUGGCUCAUCCGAAGGCCUCACAAAAGUCCCGUCAGCUGGUUCGACAGGGAGUGUUGAGGAGUCAAAAGAGGCCCCAGCACCUAAGCCGAAACCAGCGGUGCCUGCUCGUCCCAUCGGCGGUAAGAUUGCAGCAUUGAGGGCAGGAUUCUUGUCAGACUUGAAUUCACGCCUGCAAACGGGUCCUCAAGCACCUCCCAAGCCACAAGAAAAGAAAGAGGAGAGUACAGCGCCGCCCGCCGAAAAGGGCCCUCUCAAUGAUGCCCGCAAGGGAAGAGCCCGGGGACCGGCGCGGAGGAAACCCGCCAGUGAAGCUACAGCAGCCAAGCUGCCGACCAUCCCCGAGAUCCAGAUCACAUCCACGUGGAAUGUGUGGCAAAUUGAUGAAGACGGCCGCCUGGUUGUUGGUGACGGUGAUAGAGCCGACAAGGAGACUACCGUGGCUCCGAAUGUGCAAGUUUAUCCGAGCCUGGAGAGCACAAUGGCUCCCAAGUUGGCAAGGAACAUGGCUGGCGAACCCGUCGACCCAAGUCCCCAGGUAGAGCAUGUUCCAGCCAUCUCUACUGAAAUGGCCGAAACUACACCACACGAGGCUACGAAACCGACUUCCCCUCCUCCAGCCGAGCAUCGUAGUCCGUCUCCGGUACUAGAUGACACAGUUACUCCGGCUUCUGACCGUUCGCAUGAGUCAGCUGCCGUGGAGUUGACUGCCAAGGAAGACCUGCCCAAAAUAACAUCUCCUGACGCGGACUCAGAUAUUGAGAUUGAGACGAAACAAUCGCCUGAAUUGUUUUCUGAAGCCGUGGAGAAUGUCGAGCCAUUUACUGGGAAGAGGGUAUCAGAAGAGGAUGUGCAUGUCGAGGAGUCAAGUUGAGGGAUUCAGUUGAUGGUGUUGACUUGUGCUGUAGCUAUAAUUUUACAGCGUCCCUCUUUUAUUCUUUUUAACUUCAUUAUUGUUUAUUUCUCCUUUCUAGAAGCUCUGAAUUGGAAUUUUUCAAGGCGGGAUUUUGCUUUAGCCGAAGUGGUAUGCAAUUUCUUCCUUUGUAAAACUAGUUGAUCAAUCAAUCAAUGAGACUAAACUAUUAUUGAAGUUUUUUGAGUACAGAGUGCACUGUACCUAGGCGUCUAUAUGCUCUACAGACACUAUCGUGAAGAUCCAUUGAAGUCUCAGGGCCCUACCUAGAAGGUGGCUUGUUAAGGCUAGUCCUAUCAUAUCCCUGCUGUUUCCCUGAUGGAGACUAAACACCCAAGGUGUCACGGAACUCAACUAGACGAUGAAUAGGAUGCUAUUCAGCUAUCUAGGCAGCUAUCGACGAGAACUUCAAGCAUGGAGAGGAAGGAAAAAAGGAAGAGAUCUACGUGAAGCUGGACGACGUACUCC